GGAACAUUUCUUUAAUAGAAGAAGAAGAAGGUUCCAAGCUUGGGAGAUCAUCAUUUCCGGCAGCAGCCUGACCUAAGAUCUCUGACCACAACUUCCAGGCAGGCCCACAGAGACAGAAGACAGAACACCAGAACAAACCCAAGAGUUACAUGCCCUUUUUUUUUUUUUCUGGCCGUUUGGCUUGUGGAAUCUUAGUUCCCCAACCAGGGAUUGAACUCACACCUUCGGCAGUGAAAGCACAAGAGUCCUAACCACUGGACUGCCAGGGAAUUCCCGACACGCCCUUUCUUAAGAACUGGAGAAGAUGAUCAAGGUCCAGGCAUCUUUGUCAUUUGAGGACGUGGCUGUGGGUUUCACCUGGGAGGAGUGGCAGUUACUGGACCCAUCUCAGAAGGACCUGUACAGGAAUGUCAUGUUGGAGAACUACUACAACCUAGUGUCAGUAGGAUAUCAGACUCCCAAACCAGAUUCACUCUUCCAGUUGGAACAAGGAGAACCCCCAUGGGUGGUAGACGGAGCAGGCCAGAGUCAAACCUGUCCAGAAGAAAUAUGGGAGAUUGACCCUAUGCAAUGGCACCCAGAAAACCAAAACGGGAUUAAAACUAUGGAAAGAUGUCAGCAAAGUUAUGCACUUGGAAAUCAUUUCGAUUUAUGCAAAAGUCUUGUUCCUUUAACACAAAGAUACAAUAAUUUUGGCCCACAUUGUAAAAGUUUGGAAUCACAUUUAGGUUUUGUUAUUGAAAAUAGAAGAUAUGCAGGAAAUGAUUCUGAUGAGUUCAGUGGAUAUAGGAAAUCAUCUCUCUACCUCCAGCGUAAUAGAACUCUUACCAGAAUUAAAUACCAUGGCUGUGUGAAACCCAGUAGCACUAAAUCACAGCUCAAUGACCAUCAAAAAAUUUAUCCAGGAAAAAACCCACACCCAUGCAGUGAGUGUGGGAAAGCCUUCUCCAGGAAGGCACAGCUCAUUAGACAUCAGAGAACUGAAAGAGGAGAGAAACCCCAUGGAUGCAAUGAAUGUGGGAAAACAUUCAUGAGGAAGAUUCAGCUCACUGAACAUCAGAGAACUCAUACAGGAGAGAAACCCCAUGAAUGUAAUGAAUGUGGGAAAGGCUUUUCCAGGAAGUCACAGCUCAGGGUCCAUCAGCGAACUCAUACAGGAGAGAAACCCUACGGAUGCAGUGAAUGUGGAAAAGCCUUCAGCCGGAAGUGCCGGCUCAACAGACAUCAGCGCUCUCAUACUGGAGAGAAAUUAUAUGGUUGCAGCGUAUGUGGGAAAGCCUUUUCCCAGAAGGCAUACCUCAUUGCACAUCAGAGACUUCACACAGGAGAGAAGCCUUACGAAUGCAGUGAAUGUGGAAGAACAUUCUUUUUUAAGUCAGACCUCACCAAGCAUCAGAGAAUUCAUACGGGAGAGAAACCAUAUGAAUGCAGUGACUGUGAAAAAGCCUUCAGAAGCAAGUCAAAGCUCAUUCAGCACCAGCGGACUCACACUGGAGAGAGACCAUAUGCCUGCAGUGAAUGUGGCAAAGCCUUUGCCCACAUGUCAGUCCUCAUCAAACAUAAGAAAACUCAUACAAGAGAGAAAGCUGUGGAUUCCCCAAAGCUGGAGAAACCUUCCUCAGUGAGUCAUAGCUCUUUAUUCAUGGGUGAACUUGUACAGGAGCAAAACUCCAUGAACGCAGUGCCUGUGGAAAUGUCUUUUUCGGGAACCCAGCCCUUAUUAAACAUCAGCAAGUUCCUAGGGGGCAGAAAUGUAGUGAUUAUGGACCAGCCUUUUCCAAGAAGUCAAGCCUCAGUAGAAAAUCGGGAAUUUACACAGGGACUAAGCCUUGCAAAUGCAGUGAAUGCAACAACGCCUUCAGUAAUAAAUUAUGUCUUAUAUGUUACAGAUAUUGUGUAGGAAAAAAAAAAUCCUCAGAUACCUGAGAUGGGAAAGAGCCUUGAGCAAGAAUCCUCCCCACAUUCAUUAUGUGUCAGAGCUUGCUUAGGACAGAAAUGCUGUGGAUAGGGUGGUUGUGGAGAAUACUUCUGUGAGAAGUUAGGCUUAGUAAAUAUCAGCGAGAUCACAUUGGGCAGAAAUGCAGCUCUUGUGGGGAAGCCUUUUCCUAGAGAUGAUAUUGCAGUUGAUAUCAAAGAAUUCCCACAGGACCAAAACCUUAGAGUGUUAUGGUUUUUAAUGAUAAAUUGUACCUUAUCACAUGUCAGAGGAGCAUAGAAAGACAACUCUAGAGGCACUGAAGGUGGAAAACAUGUUUAGUAAAAUGUGGAAGCACUCAUAGAGAAGAAGAAUCCCCCAAAGGCAAUAAAAAAUGGAAAUUCUAUCACCAAACUAAGUCAUGUAUCACAGUUUUACUUUGGAAAGUGGGAAAGACUUCUGCAAAUAAAGGAAAUCUUCUUGGA